UAAAAAGUGAAAGUAAAUAUUCAGAAUUGGCGUACAUUUAGACUUGAUUGAUUUUUUACGUAAUAUCAACGUGUUUUAUGUGAUCGUUUAGAAAGGCAAAGUCAUGAAUGUACGUGUGGAUAUCUGAUAGAAAAAGUGGACGAUGUUUUUUUUAAUCGAUGUGUAGGUUAAUUGUUCAAAACUCAGUGGUGGAGAUUCGAUUUUGUUUCAACUGUUCAGACUAAUCAUGGAUGACACACAAAUAUGCAGCAAUGAAGAUUGUUCUCCAAGAUGCAGUUCAGUUCAUCAAAAGAGAUCAGAAGCAGAGCCCAGCUGUGUGUCUAUGAGGAGCAACUGGUCUUUGAUUCGGCCAAUUGAUUUUAAGAGUGAAGAUACACAGAGCAUUCUGGGUUCAAUUCAUCAGAAUAGAUCAGAAGCAGAGCCCAGCUGUUUGUCUGUGAGGAGUGACUGGUCUGUGAUUCGGCCAAUUGAUUUUAAGAGUGAAGAUACACAGACUGAUCUCAGUUCAGUUCAGCAGAAGAGACCAGUACGAGAGCCCAGCUGUGUGACACUGAGGAAUGACGGCUCUGUGAUUCAGUCAAUACAUUUUAAAAGUGAAGAUACACAGACUGAUCUCAGUAAUGAAGUCCUCAAAGCAUGUCAAUCAAAUUUGAUGAAGAAGUUUGAGUGUCUGUAUGAGGGAACAGCAAAGCAGGGAAACCCAACACUCCUGAAUGAGAUCUACACAGAGCUCUACAUCACAGAGAGUGAGAGUGGAGAGAUCAGUAAUGAGCAUGAGGUGAGACAGAUUGAGACACAAUCCAAGAGAGCAGCAACAGAGGACACACCGAUCAAAUGCAAUGACAUCUUUAGACCUUUACCUGGACAAGACAAACCCAUCAGAACUGUGCUGACAAAGGGAGUCGCUGGCAUUGGAAAAACAGUCUCUGUGCAGAAGUUCAUUCUGGACUGGGCUGAAAGGAAAGAGAAUCAGGACAUCCAGCUCAUAUUUCCACUUCCUUUCAGAGAACUCAAUCUGAUGAAGGACAAAAUACUCAGUCUUUCAGAUCUUCUUCAAGUCUUUUUCCCUAAAAUAAGAGAAAUGGAAAUAUCCAGUGAUGAAUAUAAAGUGUUGUUCAUAUUUGAUGGUCUGGAUGAGUGUCGUCUGUCUCUGGAUUUUCAGAGUGAUGUGAGGUUGUGUGCUGUUAUUGAAUCAGCCUCAGUGGACGUGCUGCUGACAAACCUCAUUGUGGGGAAUCUGCUUCCCUCUGCUCUCAUCUGGAUCACCUCCAGACCAGCAGCAGCUGAUCUCGUCCCCUCUGAGUGUGUCCAUCGAGUGACAGAGGUACGAGGCUUCAAUGAUCCACAGAAGGAGGAAUACUUCAGGAAGAGAAUCAGUAAUCAGAGUCUGGCCAAUAGAAUCAUCUCACACCUGAAGUCAUCAAGGAGCCUCUACAUCAUGUGUCACAUCCCAGUGUUCUGCUGGAUCUCAGCUGCUGUUCUAGAGAAGAUGUUGAGUCAAGCAGAGAGUGGAGAAAUUCCCAAGACUCUCACUCAAAUGUACACACACUUCCUGAUCCUUCAGACCAACAUCAAACAUGAGAAGGACUAUGAGAAGAACGUGACAGAUGAAGACAUGAUCCUCAAACUGGGGAAACUGGCUUUUGAGCAGCUUGUGAAAGGCAAUAUGAUCUUCUAUGAAGAAGACCUGAGAGAGUGCGGCAUUGAUGUGACAGAAGCAUCAGUGUACUCAGGAUUGUGCACUCAGAUCUUCAAAGAGGAGUCUGGCUUGUAUCAGGGUAAAGUCUUCAGCUUUGUUCAUCUGAGCAUUCAGGAACAUCUAGCAGCUCUAUAUGUGCACCUUACCUGGAUAAACAACAAGAGAAAUGUGUUUGAACAAAUCACCAAACCAAGUUUGUUGGCCAAAGUUAGGGACAGUUUUCAACUCAGUUCAUCAAAACAUGUUUUACUAUCGGAUGUACAUCAGACAGCUGUGAAUGAGGCUCUACAGAGUAAAAAUGGACAUCUGGAUCUUUUCCUGCGGUUUCUUUUGGGUCUGUCAGUGGAGUCUCAUCAGAUUCUCCUACAAGGACUAUUGAAACAGACAAGAAUCAGCUCUGACAGCAAUAAGAAAACAGCUUUUCAAAUCAAGAUGAAGAUCAGGACCACUGACUCUCCACAGAAAUCCAUCAAUCUGUUCCACUGUCUGAAUGAACUGGGUGAUCAUUCACUAGUGGAGGAAAUACAACAGUAUCUGAAAUCUGGAACAAUAAAGGGAGCCAAACUUUCUUCAUCUCAGUGGUCAGCUGUAGCUUUUGUGUUGUUGACAUCAGAGAAGAACCUGGAUGAGUUUGAUAUUAAUAAAUUUGUUCAAGGAAACAGUAAAGCUGAAAAUAUGAAAGUUUUUCAGAAGCUGCUGCCUGUGAUUAAAGAAUCCAGAUCAAUUCAGUUGUAUAAUUGUGGUCUCACAGAUGAAGGUUGUGCUGCUCUGGCUUCAGCUCUGAGACCAAACCCCUCACACCUGAGAGAACUGGAUCUGUCUGGAAAUGAACUAGGAAAUUCAGUGACUAGUCUCUCUGCUGUACUGGAGGACCCUCACUGUAAACUGGAGAAACUGUGGUUGCAUAGUUGUGGUGUCACAGAUGAAGGUUGUGCUGCACUGGCUUCAGCUCUGAGAUCAAACCCAUCUCAUCUGAGAGAGCUGGAUCUGUCUAGGAAUGAAUUAGGAAAUACACUGGCUCUUCUAUCUGCUGUACUGGAGGAUCCUUACUGUAAACUUGAGAAACUGUGGUUGUAUGACUGUUGUGUCUCAGAAAAAGGUUGUGCUGCUCUGGCUUCAGCUCUGAGAUCAAACCCCUCACAUCUGAGAGAACUGGAUCUGUCUGGAAAUGAAAUAGCAAAUUCAGUGCACAUUAUCUUUGAUUUACUGGCAAAUCCUCACUGCAGACUGGAGAUGCUGAGGUUGAAAUAUUGUGGUGUCACAGAUGAAGAUUGUGCUGCUCUGGCUUCAGCUCUCACAUCAAAUUCCUUAUAUCUGAGGGAACUGGAUCUCUCUGGGAAUGAACUUCAAAAAUCUGUGAAUGUGAAGUUGCUCUCUGAUCUGAAGGAAAAUCUACAUUAUAAACUGGAAAAACUAAACUAUUGACUCUCAGUAUUUACACGUCAGUCAAGUUUUAUUAGGAUCUGCUGAUGGUGAACAAGGAGCUGCUACAGAGACACACAGUCACACAAUCAACAGAGACUGAACACACAGUCACAAAUUCCAAACAGUGUUUCGUGAAAAGGAUGCCAUUUGUAGGGAUGUUCCAACCGAAGGGCCCUUCCACAAGUCUGUUAGCAGAGGUGUACAUGCAAUGGUCACUUUAAGGAAAUAAAUUUAACAUUUAUGGUCAUUCAUUUUAAAGCUAGAUAUUGCUCGGAAGUUUGAGUUAACAUACAAACAGAAUCAUUCAAGUAUUUGUUUUGAUAUAUUAUGCACAUUUUUGUCAUGCAUUAAAUAUGUUUCGUAGGUAAGAAUUGUUUAAUAGCAGGUACGUUAGGUAAAUGUGACUAUAUCUGUUUCAGGGUUCAAAGAAAAGACAUAAUUUGAUAAAGUCAAGCAGAAAGCAUGUUUAAAAAACUUUAUCAUAAAAUCUUUAUUCAUUUGCAAUGUAGUAGGCUAACAGCAGUAAGACAUUCCUGUUAUUGCUGCCUAACAUUGUCAUGAUAAUGCUUCAGGUGAAGAUUGUAGCGUUUUGGCCAAUCAGACACACAAUUGUUAAUUUGAUUUACUAAAUCAAUUUUUCAUUGAAUUAACAAAUAAUCACAGACCCCCUCACUCAAGCCACAACACUGGCUGCCAGGACGUCUCCAAUGGCCCACCAGGCCCCUGGUUACCAUGGCAACCAGAAUACCUCGGCCAGAUCAGAUAAACUUUACGACCUACCAGUAUGUAGAGAGAAUCUUCCCCUACUUAAAUCUCUCUAAACAGAAACAUACUGCUAUAGGAAAUAACUACUUUUAUUCAUUCACAGACAAACCUAUCUUUGACCUUCCUAUCACACAUAGCCCCAGGUCAUUGUGUAUAGUUUUACUAUUAUUGCCUUGUAGUUUUAUGUUUUUCAUUGUAUUGUGUUAUAUGCAUUUGUUAUGAUAGAUAACUGGUAGUAUAACUCACCUAUGCCAUGUUUGGUCUCUUUGAAUUUGUGUUUUGAUGAUCUAAAAGACGGUGUAUAUUAUCUGUUGAUACCUAUGCAACAUAUUAGUGUUUUAAGAAACCUUAGUAGUUUUUGCAUCACCACCCAAUUAAAUUACAUAUGCAAAAUACCAUGCUCAC